UUCCCGCUUCCUUCCCCCCUACCGAGAACCCGCCAUUUUGAAAACCUUGUUGAUUCCGGCCCGGGGACAGUGUGAGCGCGAGACGUGAAGCGCGCGCCUGUCCCCGCCCCCAUCCCGGUAAUUGUGAACUGUCGCCUCCAGCCGCCGCCCACACGGGCGAGAGGAGCCGGACCCCGCCAGGCAGCGCCGAGCCGAGCACAGAUUCACUCACUAUGUCUUCCUCAAAAGAAGAUACAAUGUCUGCUGAACAAACAGAUGAGAGAGAACCUGAAACUGAAAACAAAGUUGAAGAAAGUGAUGAGGAAGAGGAGGAGGAGGAGGAAGAAGAAAAAGAAAAGAGUCUCAUUGUUGAAGGGAAGAGAGAGAAGAAAAAAGUAGAGAGAUUGACCAUGCAGGUAUCCUCGUUACAAAGGGAACCUUUUACAAUUGCACCAGGAAAGGGACAAAAGCUUUGCGAAAUUGAAAGGAUACAGUUUUUUUUGAGUAAGAAGAAAACAGAUGAACUCAGAAAUCUACACAAACUCCUUUACAACAGGCCAGGCACAGUUACCUCACUAAAGAAGAACGUGGGUCAGUUCAGCGGGUUUCCAUUUGAAAAAGGAAGUGAUCAAUAUAAAAAAAAGGAAGAAAUGUUAAAAAAAUUCAGGAAUGCCAUGUUGAAAAGUAUCUGUGAGGUUCUUGAUUUGGAAAGAUCGGGAGUUAAUAAUGAACUGGUUACCAGAAUCUUAAACUUCUUAAUGCAUCCAAAACCUUCUGGCAAGCCAUUGCCAAAGUCCAAAAAAACUCCCAGCAAAGGCGGCAAAAAAGAACGCAGUAGCUCAGGAACUGCACGAAAAGUAAAACGCACCAAAUGUCCUGAGAUUUUGUCGGAUGAAUCCAGUAGUGAGGAGGAGGAUGAAAAGAAAGAGAAGGCUGAAUCUUCUGAAGAAGAUAAAGAGAGUGAAGAGGAGCAACCUAAGAAAGCAUCUAAAAAAGAAAAACCUAAGCAAAAGAUGACUUCGAAAAACAAGAAAGCUGUGAAAAGUGCUAAUGUCAAGAAAGCAGAUAGCAGCACUACAAAGAAGAAUCAGAACAGUUCGAAAAAAGGAAGGAAGCAGCAGGGAGAUGUCAAACAUUUGAAUUCUAAUAAAGUAAAUCUUCCAGAUUUAGAAAGUGAAUCUGAGGAUAGUUCAGAUGACGAACCUUUAAUUAAAAAGUUGAAGAAACCACCUACAGAUGAAGAUCUUAAGGAAACUGUCAAGAAGUUAUUGGCCAAUGCAAAUUUGGAGGAAGUAACAAUGAAACAGAUUUGCAAAGAGGUAUAUGAAAGUUAUCCCAGUUAUGACUUGUCUGAAAGGAAAGAUUUCAUCAAAAAGACAGUUAAAGAGUUGAUUUCAUGAUCUAAUUUGACUGGAGGAAAUGAAAACUGCUGACUUAUCGUCCCAUGGAUUUGAAGAUGAUAGACACCAGCAAAAAGAAUAUUUGUGAUUAUGUUUAGUCAGCGCUGAUUCUGCGGACAGAGUAUCAGUGUAAAUUGCUUUGUGUACCUUUUUAAUAAUUGCAUUUGAUGCAGGUUUUAGUUAACUUGCUUACAUUUUUUUGUGCAUGGCAAUAAAUGUUCCCUUUUUAUAGUUUUGUACAUUUUGAAUUGCUUUGUAGUAGUAGAUUCAUUAAGACAUCAUAGCUUUUAAUGUGCUUUAAUACCUUGCAUAAAUUUUUUUUAAGAAUCAAGUAGGAUAAAGGUUGUCUAAGUGUUUGCACAUACAUGCAGAGAUUGUCUGGAAUAUUGCAGUAUUGGGUUAUACAAAUAUUGAAUACAUAUCAUUCUGAAAAUCACUCAUGCUAGUGUUUAUAUUCUGAUUUACAUGCUAUAAAUUCAGAAUACUCAAUCUACAUUACUGUCUUGCAUGUGUAUGCACUGAGAACCAUCAAAGCAUGGUAACUAAUUGGCAGAUAUUAUUUUUGUACUUUUAAAGACUCUGUAUAUAAAGUUAUUGGAGAUUUCUGUUGUGCAAAUCAGUUUUUUAAAUCUCUAGUUAUCUUAAGACUUAUGACAUGUCAGUGUUCAGCAGUGAUGCUGGGAUGAAAAGUGGGAAGCGCCAUAAAAGUUUAUACAAAAGAGUUGAAGUUUUACUGUUUGUCUAAUCUUGCCUUGUAAGGAAGAUUCACCUGUAAUUUUAUACUUAAGCUUUUCAGUGUUUAACUUUAUAUAAAAGGCUACAGAUGUAUUUGUUCCAAUGGCUUGACCUAAUACAUUAAUAAAGUUCAAAGUGAAGGCGAUAGGGGAAAAAA